CAUAUGCCAAAAAGCAGCGACUUUUUCUGCAGUAGAAGCGUACAAUCAAGAUGGCGGAAUUAUUCGCCAAAUACACUUGUACCAAUUGCCAGGAGGAUAUACCCGGGAUUCGGGUCCAUUGCGUCGUUUGCACCGAUUUCGAGCUUUGUCUCGCAUGCUUUGCUGCCGGUGCCGAAAUUGGUCCACAUCGAAAUGAUCACUCGUACCAGUUUAUGGACUCGGGCAUUUUGUCCAUUUAUCGUGGCAAAGGAGGAUGGUCGGCACGCGAGGAACUUCAUCUUUUGGACGCUAUCGAACAAUACGGGUUUGGUAACUGGGAAGAUAUUAGCAAGCACAUCGAAACUCGUACACCGGAAGAAGCAAAAGAAGAAUAUGUCUCGAAGUUUUUGAACGGAACUGUUGGUCGUCACACGUGGUCUUUACCGCUUGAACAACGGCCACAACUUACCGAUCACACUUCUGAUGAUACGGGUCCUCUGAGUCAGUUGCUAGUCCAAAAGCUGCCGCCAAUGGAUUGCAGUAACGAAGAAUCGGCAGCACUAGGGUAUAUGCCUAAUCGAGAUGAUUUCGAGAGGGAGUAUGACCCAACCGCGGAACAGCUCGUGUCCACUCUAUCGCUCUCUCCGGACGACGAAGACGUCGAUAUGCUGCUGAAACUAGCACAAGUGGAUAUCUACACUAGAAGACUUCGUGAGCGAGCUAGACGGAAACGAGUGGUUCGAGACUACCAAUUGAUUGCGAAUUUCUUCCGGGGAAAUGCCAAGCGAGCGCGCAUGAGCCGCGAUCAAAGAGAAUUCCGCGAAAGACUACGCACUUUCUCGCAGUUCUACACAUCGUUGGAAUUCGAGCGUUUGAUUGCAUCUUUGGAACGCGAACGGUCCCUACGUAUACGUAUUUCUGAACUAAACAGAUACCGCUGGAACGGAUUACAACGAAUGGACGAAUGUGUCCACUUCGAGCAGCAUGCAGCCGCCGCCCAACACAGGAACACUGGUCCCUACGGACAUGGACGAACGGACAACCGAAGCAAAGGCGCCUCAUGCGAAACAAACAAGGGAUCCUCGGCGUUGUCCAGCUCGCUGAUAAAAAGAAGCGAAAGCGACGGCCGAAGCUUAAAUUCCACCGGCCAAAAGCACACGCACCACACCGAAGACCGGGCCUUCUCCGACGGCUCAUACAGCAGCAGAAACUUCUUGGAUAGCUCACGGGGAGCGGACCCUUUGCGGCUCCAAUCCCACCACCACCAGCAGUCGAAUCUCUACCCUCAUCAGCAACAGUUCCCGGUGCAAUCCAACCUGGCGCUUCCGGAUCCGCUCCAGCAGCAGCAGCCCGGCGUACAGCUUCUAACAUCAAACGAGCUACAACUGUGCAACUCUCUCAACAUGCCAGUCACUCGGUACCUUAGUCUCAAAACGGUGCUCCUUGGACGACCCCAACUGGACCAUGGGAUCAGUUCGGUGGCGGAAGGCAUGGUCAAAAAGUAUCUCAUCAAAUCGGGUUGGUUGCAAACGAGUCCCCAAAAUUAGAAGCUAGGACAGCAAGACACAUAUGGACAACUUUCAAAUGAUCUCAAGUUGGUAAUAGUUUGUUCGCUUCAUUCUAGCAUUCUCGAGAUAGUAUUUAAGCAAUGGUUAGCAGUGGGUUCCAAAUAGUGGCGGAAUCGAUUACAACUGCCUGUUCGCACAGCAAAAGAAAAUUUCCAAUUUGAUGUUCAUUUAGGGUCAAAUUAAACUUGUUCGGAAUGUAGCUGUUAUAUGGUGAUAAGUAGAGAAAUCUAUCAAUUAGGACGUGACAAAAUAUAAUAGCGAGAUAGCGCACCAUCUGUAGGGUAAAAUAUCAGUUAAUUGAAUCAUAUAUAAUGAAAACGAUAGUUUGUAAAUAGUCAAUUUAAUAAAUUAUUGUGAAUAAAGUUUAUCCCACAAAUCAUGUUUGGGGACUAUCA